AGGCUGCUGACUUGAGUAAACCAAUAGAUAAAAGGAUAUACAAAGGAACACAGCCUACUUGUCAUGACUUCAACCACCUCACAGCCACAGCAGAAAGUGUCUCUCUCCUAGUGGGCUUUUCCGCAGGCCAAGUCCAGCUUAUAGACCCAAUCAAAAAAGAAACUAGCAAACUAUUUAAUGAGGAAAGACUAAUAGACAAGUCACGCGUAAGCUGUGUCAAAUGGGUGCCCGGCUCGGAAAGCCUUUUCCUAGUAGCCCAUUCGAGUGGGAACAUGUACCUGUAUAAUGUGGAGCACACUUGUGGCGCCACAGCCCCCCACUACCAGCUCCUGAAGCAGGGGGAGAGCUUUGCCGUGCACACUUGCAAGAGCAAAUCCACGAGGAACCCUCUCCUUAAGUGGACGGUGGGCGAGGGGGCCCUCAACGAGUUUGCUUUCUCCCCAGAUGGCAAGUUCUUAGCGUGCGUGAGCCAGGACGGGUUUCUGCGCGUGUUCAACUUCGACGCGGUGGAGCUGCACGGCACGAUGAAAAGCUACUUUGGGGGCUUGCUGUGUGUGUGCUGGAGCCCGGACGGCAAGUACAUCGUGACGGGCGGCGAGGACGACCUGGUGACGGUCUGGUCCUUUGUGGACUGCCGGGUCAUAGCGAGAGGCCACGGGCACAAGUCGUGGGUCAGCGUGGUGGCGUUCGACCCCUACACCACGAGCGUGGAGGAGAGCGACCCGCUGGAGUUCAGCGGCAGCGACGAGGACUUCCAGGACCUUCUGCACUUUGGCAGAGACCGAGCCAACAGCACACAGUCCAGGCUGUCCAAGCGGAACUCGACCGACAGCCGCCCCGUGAGCGUCACGUACCGGUUCGGCUCGGUGGGCCAGGACACGCAGCUGUGCUUGUGGGACCUCACGGAAGACAUUCUUUUCCCCCACCAACCCCUGUCGAGGGCCAGGACACACACCAAUGUCAUGAACGCCACCAGCCCUCCCGCCGGGAGCAAUGGCAACAGCGUCGCCACCCCCGGGACCUCGGUGCCCCCUCCGCUGCCGCGGUCCAACAGCCUCCCGCACUCGGCCGUGUCCAGCGCGGGCAGCAAGAGCAGCGUCCCCGACGGGGCCCUCGCUGCCGGCGUCAGCAAGUUCGCAACCCUCUCGCUGCACGACCGGAAGGAGAGGCACCACGAGAAAGACCACAAGCGGAACCACAGCAUGGGACACAUUUCUAGCAAGAGCAGUGACAAACUGAACCUAGUUACGAAAGCCAGAACGGACCCCGCUAAAACUCUGGGGACGCCCCUGUGUCCUCGGAUGGAAGACGUCCCCCUGUUAGAGCCGCUGAUCUGUAAAAAGAUCGCGCACGAAAGACUGACUGUAUUAAUUUUUCUUGAAGACUGUAUAGUCACUGCUUGUCAGGAGGGAUUUAUUUGCACAUGGGGAAGGCCUGGGAAAGUGGUAAGUUUUAACCCUUAACGCUGCCCGGACCGAGAGCGGGGCUAGCCAGCGGGGGAGGGGUGGGGUGUACAAUGAAUGUGAAUGACACUUCUUAUUCCUAAUGUAAAACUAAAUGCAUCAGAGCCAUAAUUUUGGAUACUGCAUGCCAUGUAAUUCUGAAUCAUUUGAGAAUCCACCUUAGAGCGCGGAGAAAAAAAAAUAUAUAAUCCAACUAAUUGCCAGCCGAGUCGGUCUUCCUUGCAGGAGUCUGCAGAGCCCCGGUCAGCGUCCUGUGCCAGAGUGUUUCAGUUGUAGGGCAAUCAUGACAGCAUGGGAAGCAACGCCUUUAACGUGCUGAAACUACAGUUUAUGCUUUAACUGGAAUAUUUUUGCCUAACUACUCAACUAGACUAUUGUACACCUGAUCAGAGUGUGUGUUCAGUACAGAUGGCCAAUAACUGUCAUUUGUAGUCCAAUUUUUUAUCUUAAAUCAUAAAAAUGUGUAGGAAUUGAUGAAAUUUAACUUUAGGAACAAAGCGUUCAGCAGGGUUGAUUGAUAUUAUUUUUACAUUGUUCUGGCAAUCCACAGAAAGAGCCUUAAUUUUUAAAAACCCAUUUUAGUCAUUUUAUGACAAUUUAAAAUUGUUUAAUAAACAUCUUUUUUCAAAGAAGCA